AUGCUUCAGAAAUUCAACACACUAGCAAUUAUUGUCGUUGAAAACACGACGGUCAUCGUCAAUGGCAUCGAAUUAAAAGCUGAUUUGCUAAAAAUAUUCUUAAUGUCGAAGCCCUUCUUCGCGGUCGUCGUUGUGGCUUGAUCCGUUGCUCCCGCCUCAGCUCCUGCCUCAGAUGGCGCUUCAGAUGCACAACAAGCCUCCCUGCCUGUUGCUCCAGCUUUUGCUACAGUGUCAUUCACCACCACCAUUUCAAUUUGCCUCUUUACGAUCAGAAGAAUGUGCGCCCUCUGAUUCACCAGCGCUACUUGCCGCAUCACCACCACCACGUUUACCUUCCAAAGGGACGAUGACAGCUUCAUGCGUAAACUCCUUAUCAAGUUUUUUGAAAUCGUCCAAGGACGAAUUCGGGUCGUUGCAUCGAUCCUUAGUUGAACAGGCACAGAUUAAUUGAUAAUAUGCUUCGUGGCACACAGCAGGUCCUUCUGGGACUGGUCCAUGGUUCAUACAAUCGGCGACGAUUGUAGCGUUGUUACGUGUGCUCUUCGCUGA